AUGAUGAAUUCUCAUUGUCUCAAUGCCAUCGGAAUUACCAGUGGUGCCUCUAACUUGACUCUCUCAUCUAGCUCUUAUUCCAAAGAUGGUAAAGGAAUUCAUUUUGGAAUUAUGGACGCCAGAUAUUACGAACCUCUUCCACCCAGCAUUUAUUCCCUCACUCUCUCCAAAGUCAUUCCAAAAGAUCCAUCCAAAGACACUCUCUCCUAUUUCAUGAAUUUAUACUUCCCUCUCACUAACAAGUCUCUUUUUGAUGCAAAUUCAUUGCCCAUGUUUUGUCAUUGUGGUGCCACGAAUGAUUAUGCGUAUCGAUGUUACGAUGUGAAUCAUGCAUUUCUAGCACCGUACAAGUAUUAUGCUACGUGUAUCAUUUUCCUUGUAGUGACCAUUGUUACGAGUGUGAUCUUUGUGUUGGGAGUGAUCAUUCCUCGUUGUUCGUAUGGUUAUGGCAUCUUGUCGAAAAAUCGAAAAUAUCAAAAGGAAGAAGCGUUCUAUUUUGGGAGUACGAGUUAUGGACCUCGUCAAUAUUUACGUGCCAUUUUCUUACUCACGUUGGGAGAUAUUAAGGCUCAUAGUAUCUUUUGGAAUUCCAUUCUUUUGGUGUUUGAAUACUUGACACAAAUUUUCUCAUUCACACGAAACUUUUCCAUACCUAUUUUGAAAUUUGUCAUUGACGAUGUUGGAGGAACCAUGAGAGCUUUUGUUUUCAUUAGUCUCGGACUCUGUUUCUGUUGUAUGGUCAUUCACUGGAGUCAUACCUUGGAUUUGAUUAAUAAGGGAAAAUCAAAAGGACUUCUUUCAUGGUGGAAUACCGCAAUUACCAUCUUCUUUUACAUCUUUUUUCUUUGCUUUGUCAUUGCUGGAAUUAUUUCAUUGGUAGUGACUCAACAGACGAGUAUCUUUUUCCAAGUUCUCUCCAUCUUUUACUUUUCUUUGAGUAUUCUCUUCUGUGUGGCUUUUACCAUUGCUGGAAUUACCAUUUUAGUGAAAAUGAGAAAGACACGAAUGGGGUCUGCAGGUGUUUUGAGUGUGAAAUUAACCAAAUCGACCAUGAUUUUGAACGUUUCCAAUUUUCUUCUCGCCAUCAUUGCUGCACUAAGUUUUGCAACGUAUUAUCAAGGUUGGGACAUUUUCACAGUCGAAUUGGGUUUGUUGAGAUCCUCCUCGUAUGACAUCUUGUUACUGUUUGCCUCGAAUUGUGUCAUUUACAUCUUGUAUUCGAGUGUUGAAAGUGAGGGAAUUUAUGGAAAGAAAGUGAGUGAGAAUAUUCAUCAAUGGUUGAAUUGUGAAUGUUUUGGACGAAUUGUUGAAACUGAACCCAAGAUGAUGCAUUCUGCUCCAUCGGCUGGUCACUUGUCACAACGACCUGAACUCAAGGAUAAACAGGUCGAGAGAGUGAAAUCACUCAAUCAUGGUUCAACGCCAAAUGUCAUGAAUUCACCACCACAUUCUUCACCAUCAUCGAGUACAGGUUUAAUGGAAUUGAAUGUCUCUGGGGAUGAAAUGAAUAUUACUUCACCUUCUUCUCCUUCUGUUUAG